AUGAAACCAUUAAAAAAUCACCAAAAAACUACCAACGAAGGUCAGAACCAAAGAAUCACCAAUAAAAGGAUCAAAGAACCACCAACAAAAAUACCAAAGUACCACCAAAAAGGCAAAGAAAUUUAUGAACUUCUUAAACCUUUUGUGGAUCCUACAAUAAUUAAAUGUCCUAUUAUUGUGAUUGGCACUGAAAAGGAUAAAGCAUUUGAUUUAAAAAUUAUAAAAGAAACUGCUAAUGAUUAUGGUGUUGGAUUUGAUAUCAUUGGUGGUGCUUCUCAUAGCAUUAUGCUGGACUUUACAUGGAAGAAUGCUGCUAAUAUUAUUUUAAAAGGAUCCAAGAAAAAAUUGUAA